AUGGACGAGAAGAACCCACCCCAGCCGGCGGGAGAUGUCGCGAUGCGGGAGCCAUACCCUGAGCCCAUGGUCGCCGAUGACGCACAAUACUACCAGCUAGCCUCGCAUCAAGAACAAGAGCCGCAAAUAGGCCAGCAACAAGCUGUCAAGCCCGAGACGCCGACUCUCCCUAACAUCGCGAUGGAGCAACAGCAGCCAACCCAAGAGCAGCAGCAUGCUCCUCAUCCUCAUGAACUUGAAGGACUGCAGUCGCUUCCCGAGCAGCAGGCUCCCCAAGAGCAGCAACAACCACCGCAGGAAGCACAGAUCUCCCCACAACAGCAGAUCCAGGAACAGCAGGACCAGACGCAGCAGUCCCGUCCGGCGGCAGACGCGGUUGACGAGUUGCAGCUAGCAGCCCAGCUGACCCAGAACCUUGCUCCAAUGAUGGUCCCCGUGCGGAUGGACGGCGUGCCGAGCGAACCGCAAGAUCAGCAAGCUCUACCACAGCAGGACUCCGACGUGUCCAACAACACCGAGACCAACCUCCAGGAGCAACUGGAAGCCUCGCUGCAGCACCAUGACCGCGAGAUGCAGAACCAUGCUGCCGAGCUGCAGACCCCACAGGAGCAUCACCAGCAUCACCAUCUCCAGAACCACGAGCUCCAAGCCCACGGCUUGUCGAACAUGCUCUCGCCGACAACCCAGCCGCCGCAACAUCACUAUGCCCAGGCGCAAGGAGCCCCAGCGCCGCCGCCGCCACCGCCGCCGCAUGCGCAGAUCCAUCCCCAUCUGCAGUCGCAUCUGCCGCCAGAGCAUCAUCAUCACCUUGGACCCGGCGCCGGCGCUCCAGGCUACUCCAUGGGACCUGACGGCACCGGGCCGCCGGCAAGGAAGAGGACCAAGGUGUCGCGAGCAUGCGAUGAGUGUCGGCGCAAGAAGAUCAAGUGCGAUGCACAGUGCGAGACGAGCGACGAGCCGUGUUCAAAUUGUCGGCGGUCGAACGUGCAGUGCCUGUUUAGUCGGGUACCGCAAAAGAGGGGGCCUAGUAAGGGGUACAUCAAGGAGCUCGCUGAUCGGAUUAACAGCAUCGAGGGGAAGCUCAACAGUACACGGGUGGAAGCCCUCGAUACCCUGACUAGGAGGGCGUCGAGCGAUAUGUUUGGGACCCCAAUCGGCGAUGAGAGCAGGAAGAGACCUUUCUCGAGUAUAUCGAGCGAUGGCUUCCCUGCUGCGUCGCCGACACGUAUGGCGGUUGCCGGUGAGCACCGUCCGAUUGUGCCUUAUCCCCCGGAUUUUCCCCCUAUGAACCCCAACCAUCCGAAUCACAUUACCUCACGGCUGCUCGACGGCAUUCAGGUCAAUGCGGAUGCAAGCGACAUCAGCUUGCAGCAGCCUGAGGCCGGAGCGAGCGAGAUCGCUCCGGCUCCGGCUCAGGAGCAGCUUCCCGAGGUCGAGGAUACUGUUUUUGAAAGCUAUCUACAAAUUAUUCAUCCAACCUUCCCGAUCCUGGCCAGCACGAAGGCCAGAGUACAAUACCUGGUCUUCCAGACGCCUCUCACGCUGCAAAAGGCAUUCUAUCAUGCCUUCUAUUCCAUGAUUGGGCCCUUCCUCCCGUCUCCAGAAAGCCAGCCGUACGGCAGCCCCUCUACAGCUCGCAGGCUCCUCAGCUCUUGGGAGGAAGAGUGCAUCCCUCGUACUGCCACAACCGACCUUGUUCGUCUCCUGACGCUCAUCAUGCUUGGCAUCGGGCACGACCUGGACGGUAUCCCAGCCGUCAAGGGCCAGCUGGGCGGCCCGUCCAAGGCCGAGAUGGUUGGUCGCGCUGUUGGGCUUGCACAUUCGAUGAACCUGCGCGUCAAGGCCGCGAAGUUGGAUGCCAGCUCGCCCUUGGAUCCUGAUACUGACUCCAACUGGGCGGUCCGCGCGUGGUGGGUGCUGGUCAUGCUGGAUCGCUGGACUGCUCUUGGCGCGGCGACACCAGCAUUGAUCGACAAUGACAGUGCGGUUAUUGUGCCGGCGCUGAAGCAGCUCGUUGGGGAGGUGGUUUACCACUUGAUUCGGAUAUCGGUCCGCCUAGGGCAGAUCAUCCCGCUCGCCAUUACCUCCCCUCGCGAGCUAGGUGCCUCCAGCAAGGUCAUCUUCGACUCCAUCGUCGGCAUGAGCGUCGAGGACGUACGGCUAGCCCUUCCCAAUAACGAGUCCGAUCCUAUCCUACUCCUCUCCUACUGGCAUCUACGCCUCCUCUGCGACCUCCUCUCAUCCUCACCCUCCCGCCGUCGUAACAUUCUCCAAGCCGCCUCCUCCUUAGUCUGGCUCCUCGCCCAGAACCAUGACCUCCGGAGCCCCCUGACCCAUCACUUCCUCACCCUCGCUUCGGUCGCCCUAAGCGAACUUCUCGCCUCCUCCUCCUCCUCCACCAACACCCCCGACGAAAACAAUAAGCUCCGCGACGAAGCGGCCAAGCUAAUCGACCUCGUCCUGCAGUUCCGUUUGUCGCCUUCGCCGUGGAACGAGGCUGUUAGGAAGACGCUUGCUGAUCGCUUGGGUGUGCCUGUCCCGCAACACCCAACGGCUGGGCCCAAUGGCCAUGAGAAUGGUGUGAACGGUGCUGGGACGGAGGCUGCCGCUGACCAGAAUCUGCAGCAGCUGGCUGAUUUGGCCACGGCGGCUAACCAUGCCUUUGCUACCGCUACGGCUCCGACUGGUGAACCUGCUGGGCAGCAGGUUGAUGGACGUGCGGCGGAGCAGCAGCCCGUUGCCUCUACUCCAGCCCCCGCGCCAGCUGAUGUAAACAGCAAUAGUACACCCGCUACAGCACCCGGGCUAGCUCCUGAGCAGGCCAGCAACCUUAAGAGCGAGCCGGGAAUGUCUGGCGGGCCCACGCCGCCCGCAGCUGCACUUGUGGACGGAUUUCCUGCUGUUGAUGCGGGCCCCAGUAAUACCGAUGCUACCAAUCAGGGAGCGCCUGUGUUGCAACAGCAGCAGCAGCAGCAGCAGCAGCAGCAGCAGCAGACAUUUGAUACCCUCGCUGUGUUGAGGGCUGGGUAUCUGGCUUCGUUUGAAGGUGUCCCGGUUGAAGGCCAGGAUGUGGAUGUGAUGGAGUUUUAA